CACGUCACUCGCUAAAGAAAACUUUGUCGGGAGUCUUCUUUUAGAGAGAGAAAGCUGGAGAAGAGCUGGAGAAACUAGAGAGAGAGAGAGAGAGAGAAUAAAAAAAAAUUUAGUUUUUUUGUUAUUGGAUUUGUUUCUUUGUGAUCAAGAAUCCCAAAUAGGAACUAUGGGUGGUAAUGCGAUAAGCACUAAAGAUUACACUUUGCUUAAGGAUUUUAGAAUGGAGAUUGAAUUAAAAGGAGGGAAUUUCUCUUUCUCUUUCUGGGUUUACAUCAUUGACUCCACUACUGCAUUUCCUGCUACAAUCAUUAGUCAGGUUUAUUCAGAUAUCACCAGCAGUGCUCCUUUUAUUGCUCUAGAUGAAAAUAAGUCAAUGACGCUUUUACCAUUGUCUCUCCUAUGCAAGGAAGCUCCUGAUCCUACUAGUUCUACUUUAUUGACAGAAACUUCACAUGCAUCAAUGAAGAAUGAGUUUCCUCUGGAAAAUUGGGUUCAUGUUGGAUGUGGGGUUUUUACUGAUGUAUUUCGACUUCACAUUAAUGGGGAAAUUGUAGGAGAAUGUUCUCUCUCUUCUUCAUUCAACAAAUACUCUAUUUCAAAUGGCUUCAGGAAGAUAACCUUAGCCGGUGCUAGUGGAGAUGAUGGUUUGCAGGGUUAUGUCUACAAUGCAGAAGUCUUGACUUUAAGUUUGUCUAUUAAGGAUCACUAUUUUAAGGACCCGCCUUUACAAUUAUCCAUUGAUGACUCAUCUACAUCUGAUAUUGAAGAAGGAAUUGAUGGGAUUUGGAGUAUUGUUGGUGGCAAGGCUUCUUGUCGCAGGAUUUUUUCUUUAGAUGUUGUUUUAUCAAAUGCAAUUAGCCAGGCUAUAGACAAGGAAGUGGAGGUUGUUGCUUCACUUUUAUAUUCUGACAACGGCUUACCUGUUGAGAAGACAUCUGAUGAUGAAGCUCCCCUUUUAAUAAGCUAUGAUGGGAUUGAAUUUGCUGCUUCUGAUAGACCAAGUAAAUUAUUGCAUGGUCGUGCCUCCUUUAAGCUCAAAAUAUCUCAGGUGCUCUCAUCCAAGUGCGAUAAUAGGCUAUUCUGUAUUAAAUUUGAAAUGCCUGAAUUUGGGGGGUACCAUUUCCUUCGGACAUUUUCUCGUCCAAUUCGUUGCAUCUCUCGGAGUCGUAACCCUCGACCAUCCUCUCUUACAUGGAAAAGACCAACCUCUGCCAGUUAUUCUCUCAAUGGGUCAACAGAAUUUAAGCACAAUUCUGUCCAUGAAAUAAAACCUAGUCCAUCAUCAAAGCGGGUCAAAUUGGGUCAGGAAAAUACAUUUGCAGUGGAACGACAGGAUGAGGAAUGCAAUUCUCAUGCUUGGACUGCUAAUCAGGUUGAAAAUGCACUAAGGUCAAAGUUUGAGGGUAGUUCAGAAAACCCUGAAGAAAUAGGCAACUCAACAUUUGAUUCAGAGAGUAACGAGGAAAGAGAUUCAGAUUUCAAGGUUGUGUCAAGCAGUGGCUAUUCAAUUUCGGACUUGACUGUCUUUAAAUACUGCUUGGGAGGCUUGACUGAUAGAGCUCUUCUGCUAAAGGAGGUUGCAACCUCUGCCUCUGAAGAAGAUCUUUUGAGAUUUGCAAAUGAGGUUUCUCUAUACUCGGGGUGUUCCCACCACAGGCAUCAAAUAAUGAUUGCCAAGAGAUUGAUAAUGGAAGGAACCAAAGUUUGGAAUUCAAUUGCACAAAACAACCGUGCUGUUCAUUGGGACAAUGUGGUUUUUGAGAUUGAAGAGCAAUUCAUGAAGAUUGCUUGCUGCAGUAGCAGAUCGCUCAUGGAACAGGACUUUGAGCUUUUGAGAAGAAUUGCUGGAUGUCAAGAGUAUAUUGCCCAAGAAAACUUUGAAAAGAUGUGGUGUUGGUUAUACCCUGUUGCUUUUACCCUGUCAAGAGAUCGGAUAAACACAAUGUGGAAUUUUACGUCGCCUAAGUGGAUGGAAGGAUUUAUCACAAAGGAAGAAGCAGAAUUAUCACUUCAAGGUCCUAGAGGCCUUCAAGAGCCUGGAACUUUUAUAUUGCGGUUUCCAACUUCAAGGAGCUGGCCUCACCCUGAUGCAGGUAGCUUAAUUGUGACCUAUGUUGGCAGCGAUUACACUGUUCACCACAGGCUGCUUUGCCUUGAUUAUACCUACAGUUGUCAGGAAGGCUCGACGAAUGUGAAAUCGCUACAAGAAAUGCUAUUGGCGGAGCCUGAGCUCUCUCGAUUGGGAAGGACGAUAAGAAGUAAAUAGCUUUGCUGGGAUGUGGCAAUGGUAGCAUAUCUUACUAUUUUGGUUUCCAUCCUCUCAGAGAAGGAUGGUGUUUUGGUGUUUCUUUAUCAUGUAUAUGUGCAAUUUUUCUGUUGCAUCAAUUAUUCAUUAAUCAGCAGGUUAUAAUGUUAAGCAUAGUUUGUUUCAAGGAAAAAUAAUUUGUUUAUAAUUUUUUUUAGGAAA